UAUAGUUGAGAUGUACAUAGCUCUUGCUAUUCAUUUAAUUUGGUUAUUAUCAGUGAGAUAGUUUUAGAAACUAUAUAUAUAUGGCAUCCAAUUCAACAAGUUAUAGGGCAAUGAGGACGACAUCUUCAUCUAAAGACAUAUUAAUCCAAGAGGAUAAUGAACAAGAUCUCAAAUGGGAUAAAAUCCAACGUUUUCCUAUGUUUGAUCGCUUGAGAAAAGGGAUGCUGAGGCUUGUGCUUGAUAGGGGAAAUGUUGUGCCUUACCAAGUUGUUGAUGUUACCAAUCAAGGGUUGCAGGACAAGAAGCUAUUACUAGAGAGUGUACUAAAAGAUGACAAUGAGAAAUUCCUACGUAAAUUUAGAGAAAGAGUUGAUAGGGUGGGGAUUGAAAUUCCAAAAAUUGAAGUUCGAUUUGAGAAUUUAUCUGUAGAGGGAGAUGUGCAUGUUGGAAGGAGAGCCCUUCCUACCCUACAUAAUGUUACUCUCAACGCUUUUGAGAGGAUUCUGGGGAUGUUUCAGUUCGCAUCUUUCAGGAAGAGAAAAAAUCAUAUUCUCAAAGAUGUCAGUGGAAUUGUCAAACCAUCAAGGAUGACCCUACUUCUGGGUCCUCCAGGUGCAGGGAAAACAACAUUGCUUCUAGCACUUGCAGAAAAGCUUGAUCGGGAUUUGAGGGCUUUCGGGAGAGUGACUUAUUGUGGCCAUGACUUAAAUGAAUUUGUUGCUAAAAAAACUUGUGCCUAUAUUAGUCAACAUGACCUUCAUCAUGGAGAAAUGACGGUGAGAGAGACUUUGGACUUUUCAGCACAUUGUCUAGGUGUUGGCACGAGGUAUGAGAUGUUGAAGGAAAUCUCAAGAAGGGAGAGAGAAGCAGGAAUUAAGCCAGACCCUGAGAUUGUUGCAUUCAUGAAGGGUAUUGCUAUAUCGGGCCAAAAAAACAAUUUGAUAACCGAUUAUAUCAUCAAGAUACUUGGAUUGGAUAUUUGUGCGGACAUAAAGGUUGGUGAUAACAUGAGAAGGGGUAUCUCUGGUGGACAAAAGAAGCGUGUCACAACAGGUGAGAUGCUAGUUGGACCAGCAAAGGUAUUUUUCAUGGAUGAAAUAUCAACAGGAUUAGACAGUUCCACAACUUUCCAAAUAUGCAAGUUCUUGAGGCAGAUGAUUCAUACAAUGGAAGUAACAAUGUUGAUUUCUCUUCUACAACCAGCACCAGAGACAUAUGAACUAUUUGAUGAUAUUAUCCUACUUUCAGAAGGUCAAAUUGUAUACCAAGGUCCACGUGAACAUGUGCUAGAGUUCUUCGAAAACAUGGGAUUCAAAUGUCCUGAAAGAAAAGGAGUUGCUGACUUUUUACAAGAAGUAACGUCUAAGAAAGACCAACAACAAUAUUGGUCUCGUAGAAAUGAACCUUAUAGAUAUGUUUCAGUUCCUGAAUUUGCAGGUUCUUUCCAUUUGUUUUACGUAGGAAAGAAACUUGCAUCAGAGAUUAAGGUUCCUUACGAUAAGAGCCAAACCAAUGAAGCUGCCUUAGUGAAAAAAAAGUAUGGUAUAUCAAAUUGGGAACUACUAAAGGCAUGUUUCUCAAGAGAAUGGUUGUUUAUGAAACGUGACAUAUUUGUUUACAUAUAUAGGAUAGUACAUUUAACUGUCCUAUCUAUUUUAGGCUUCACUGUGUUCUUUAGAACCGAAAUGCCAGUUGGUACUGUUGAAAAUGGACAAAAGUUCUAUGGAGCACUAUUUUUUACUUUAUUCAAUAUGAUGUUUAAUGGGUCUUCAGAACAAGCCAUGAUUGUUUCAAGGCUUCCUGUCUUUUACAAGCAAAGGGAUUUUAUGUUCUACCCUGCAUGGGCGUUUGCUUUACCUGUAUGGAUUCUCAGGAUCCCCAUUUCCUUUCUAGAAUCAGGGAUAUGGAUUGCCCUGACAUACUACACAACUGGAUUUGCUCCUUCAAGUAGCAGAUUUUUCCGGCACUUCUUGGCAUUAUUUGGUAUUCAUCAGAUGUCUCUAUCUCUGUAUCGACUCAUUGGUGCAACUGGUAGAACACACGUUGUUGCCAAUAUUUUGUGCGGCUUGAUUUGUCAAGUAAUAUUUGUGCUUGGAGGAUCUAUUGUCGCCAAAAAUAAUAUUAAGCCAUGGAUGAUAUGGGGCUAUUACAUUUCUCCUAUGAUGUAUGGCCAGAAUGCCAUAGUAAUAAAUGAAUUUUUAGAUGAAAGAUGGAGUCAACCAAAUACAGACCCUAGAAUUGGUGCAACUACAGUUGGAAAGGUGCUUCUUAAGUCUAAAGGUUUUUUUACUGAAGAGUAUUGGUUUUGGAUAUGCAUUGGAGCCUUGUUUGGAUUUGCUCUUCUUUUCAACCUUCUCUUCAUUGUUGCAUUGACUUAUUUGAAUCCUUUCAGUGAUUCAUCAAAAGCAUUCAUCAUGGAUGAUGAUGACAAGAAGAAUAAAAAGUCAACAAAUAAACACCGUAUCAUUGAAGUAGGUCCAUGUAUAGACAUAGCAGUGAAAAAAUCUUCAGAACUUGUUGGUUGUCCUGAUCAAGAACGAAGAACAAGAAUGAUCCUUCCAUUUCAACCUCUUUCCCUUUCAUUCAGUCACGUGAACUAUUAUGUAGAUAUGCCUUCUGAAAUGAAAAAUCAAGGAAUCAAUGAAGAUAGACUUCAACUUCUGCGUGAUGUCAGUGGUGCAUUCAGGCCAGGCAUAUUGACAGCACUUAUGGGUGUUAGUGGUGCUGGCAAGACAACCCUUUUGGAUGUGUUAGUUGGGAGAAAAACAGGUGGAUACAUUGAAGGUAGUAUUAGCAUCUCAGGUCACCUAAAGAACCAAGCAACAUAUGCUCGAGUUAGUGGAUACUGUGAACAAAAUGAUAUUCAUUCUCCCUAUGUUACUGUAUACGAGUCAUUAUUAUUUUCAGCAUGGCUUCGCCUUCCAUCACAUGUAAAUACACAAACACGAAAGAUGUUUGUUGAAGAGGUUAUGGAAUGGGUUGAGCUUAAACCAAUCAAAGAUGCACUUGUGGGUCUUCCAGGCAUAGAUGGUCUAUCAACGGAACAAAGGAAAAGGCUUACUAUUGCUGUAGAAUUGGUUGCCAACCCUUCAAUCAUCUUGAUGGAUGAACCAACAUCUGGCCUUGAUGCUAGAGCUGCUGCUAUUGUUAUGCGAACUGUGAGAAAAACAGUAGAUACGGGGAGAACUGUUGUGUGCACAAUUCACCAACCAAGCAUAGACAUUUUCGAAGCUUUUGAUGAGUUAUUGCUGAUGAAAAGAGGAGGACAAGUUAUCUAUGCUGGACCUCUUGGUCACCACUCACAGAAGCUCAUAGAAUAUUUUGAAGCUAUUGCAGGGAUUCAAAAAAUUAAAGAUGGCUAUAAUCCUGCCACAUGGAUGCUUGACAUCAGCACUCCUUCAAUGGAGGCUCAACUUGACAUAGAUUUUGCAAAGAUCUAUGUUAACUCUACACUUUACCAAAUGAAUCAAGAGCUUAUCAAAGAGCUUAGUACUCCCACACCAGGUUCCAAGGACUUAUUCUUCCCAACCAAAUAUUCCCAAUCAUUCUUUGUGCAAUGGAAAGCUUGUCUUUGGAAACAAUAUUGGUCAUAUUGGAGAAAUCCUCCAUAUAAUGGAAUUCGAUUCUUCUUCACAUUAGCCUAUGGUGUAAUGUUUGGUCUAAUUUUCUGGAAAAGAGCAGAAAAUAUCCAAAAACAGCAAGAUUUAUUUGAUCUUUUGGGGGCCAUGUUCUCUACUGUGAUGUUCCUAGGAACCAUGAACGCUGUGGGAGUGCAACCAGUUGUUGACAUAGAAAGAACUGUACUCUAUCGUGAAAGAGCAGCAGGGAUGUAUUCAGCAUUGCCUUAUGCGCUCGGUCAAGUGGUUAUAGAGAUAAUGUACAGCUCAAUUCAGACGGUCAUGUACACUAUCAUCAUUCAUUCCAUGAUGGGAUUUAAAUGGAAUGUUGGGAAAUUCUUGUCGUUCUACUACUACAUGCUGAUGUGUUUUAUUUACUUCACAUUGUAUGGGAUGAUGACUAUUGCACUAACCCCGAGUUACCAAAUUGCUUCCAUUUGUAUAUCCUUUUUCUUGUGCAUCUGGAACCUGUUCUCCGGCUUUUUCAUUCCUAGGGUGGAAAUCCCUGUAUGGUGGAGAUGGUUCUAUUGGGCUACUCCUAAUGCUUGGACGAUAUAUGGACUUGUUACCUCUCAACUCGGCGAUGAAAUUGCACAAAUAGAUGUCCCAGGAGCAAAAAGUAUGGGGCUGAAGGAACUCCUCAAAGAAAAUAUGGGUUUUGACUAUGACUUCCUACCGGUGGUUGCUAUUGUUCAUGUAGGCUGGGUUAUCAUUUUCUUGUUUUUGUUUGUCUUUGGCGUGAAAUUCCUGAACUUCCAAAAGAGAUAGGCAGGGAUACUCUCUUCCAUUUUCCAUUUUGUUUCAAAAAUUGAAAGUAUGGUUUAUGUCACCAAGACAAUGGUGUAGUUUGGAUGAUUUUCACAAAU